CACUAAGGAUGAGUGUGACGUCAUGGUUCCUGGUGAGCACCUGUGGCUCGCGCCACCGACUCCCCAAAGAAAUGAUUUUUGUUGGUCGAGAAGACUGUGAACUAAUGCUCCAGUCUCGAAGUGUAGACAAGCAGCAUGCAGUUAUCAACUAUGAUUUAACUACUGAUGAGCACCGAGUAAAGGAUCUUGGAAGUCUGAAUGGGACAUUUGUAAAUGAUAUAAGGAUUCCUGACCAGAUGUACAUAACACUGAAAGUGAAAGAUACCAUUCGUUUUGGAUAUGAUUCCAACCAGUACACAUUGGAAAAGAGUACACACACAGUCCCUGAAGAGGCAUUAAAGCAUGAGAAAUACACCAGUCAAUUCCACAUACCCGUGAAAACAGAAGAUAAGGUGGACAUGUCUGGUGUGUCCCACGAGUCGAGUACAAAAGCAGAUGUUUCCAGACCAAAUCCUGAGAAGGCCGAAAAGAAAGGAACUACAGAUGGUGCCACAUUCCGACCCACCCCUUUGUACGGCCAACCAUCAUGGUGGGGAGAUGAUGACCUGGAUAACAAAAGAGAAGGAGAUGAAACCAGAAAAUCAGCAGAUCCUAGUAUAGAUAAUUCCAAGGAGAUACCCAGAAGUGAACAGGAGAUCAAUGGAAACAUUCCAGAUUAUAAAGAUUUUAGUGGAGAAAACGCUGUCUACUCAUUUCGCAGAGAACCGAGUUACUUCGAAAUUCCAACAAAAGAAUUUCAACAACUGUCCAAGUCUCCAGAAUGUGAAGUUCAUGAAAUCCCAACAAAGGACACAGACACAAUAGCAUCCCCUCCAGUUCAGAGUCACGCCUCCUUCACAAUUGAAUUUGAUGAUUGUACACCAGGAAAAAUGAAAAUAAAGAAUCACGUGACCAAGUUUUCCUUGAGACAGCGAAAAACUCAGCAAGUAGAAAAAGGGCCAGUACAAACAGAUGUACAAUCAGCAGAGAGUAAAGUUGUUGACUGGUUGGUGCAGAAUGAUCCAAGCCUGAUGAUAAAAAGGCAGGUCCCAAGGGAUGAUGUGUACAGCACCAAGAGUGAUCUUCAGGUUCAUAUAAAGACACUUAAAGGUAGCAGACACGAAGAUGGUACACAGAGUGACUCAGAGGACCAAGUUGGAUCGAACCAGCUAAAAAAAUCGGACACUUCUGGGGAUUCAUCACCAAACCAGAUUGAAGUUCCUAUUGCUGAACCUCCCAAAGCUCAUCAGAUCACACAUGGCACUCAAGAUGUGGUCAUGGGCCAACAAGCUUUUGUCAUUGAAUUCUUUGAUGAUGAUAAUCCUCGUAAAAGAAGAGCACAUUCUUUCACCCAAAAUGCAAAUGCCGCGCACACUGAUUUGUAUGCUGCUCUUAAAACUAAACUGGAAAAACGCAAAGGGCCUUCAACAUGUGAAAAAACAGAUAAAGUACAACAGGCCCAGUCCCUGGUGCAAGUUAGCAGACCCGGUAUCAUUUCAGCAGGUCCCCAGAGGUCUAGCUCAUUAAAGAGAGAAAAAACUGAAGAGCGGUUCAGUAGUUCCGCUUCCUCAACCUCCAAAGGUUUAUAUCGAGGUUUUGGAAGCGUGGGACGAAAGUCUAAGCUCAGACAAGAAUUCGCUGCUGAAUUGUUGAAAGAAACUGCAAGAAAUGCUGCCGAUGUACAAAAAUCAUCAGAGAACCUCCCUUUAAUGACGCCUACAAAUGUGACCAUGGCACCCACAGUCUCUGUGUCAUCACCCUUACCUCCAGCAGUGUCAUCCCCUGCAACAGUUUCACCAGCAUCCCAAACCUUCAAGCAGGGUGAGCAAGAUAGUCUAAGUGACGCAGGCACAUACACAAUCGAAACGGACAAACAAGAUGAAGAGGUUGAAGAAGCCCGUAAAAUGAUAGACCAGGUAUUUGGUGUUUUUGAAUCGUCAGACUAUUCUGGAGUUAAUUCCGAAUCCUAUAGACCUGUAAUAUGUGGUGCGAGUUCUCCUACACUGACACUGAGAGAUCAGCACAAUUUGUGUAACCAGAAUAAUGGCAUUGCUUACCAACCAACGCCUUCAUUGCAGCCUUAUUCCACUACUAUUGGUUGUCCAGACAUUCCAGCACAGAUGCGUCCAGUAGGUCCUGUAUCCCAUGGAACACAAAAAUGGGUAUCUCGAUGGGCAAGUCUUGCUGCCAGCUAUAAUGGGUCUGGGCCUAUUGUUGGAUCACAUGAUUUUCAACAAUCAGCAAAUAGUACUACAGUUAACAUUGGAACCUCUAUAAAAAAUCUGGAAACACUGGAUUCAGAUGCAGCAUCGUCAACAAGCCAAUCGUCAAGAAUACGGCGGACACUUCCACAACUGCCACCAAGUGAAAAGAACGAUGGACCAAAGUUGAAAGAUUUUCUUCAACAACGCUCUCCUCCCUGCAAUGAACCACUAAAACGAGAAAUGGAAUUACAUUAUUUUUCACAAGAUCAUGAAAAGUUGCAUAUACAUGAAGACAAAGAUGUGGACCCUGACAGUUUGAGUGAUGAUAACCAAUCAGAAGAUGAUUCACCUGUUUCCACACAGAAGGGCAAAAAACACAGAGUUUCAAGGGCCACUAAGCAAUUGAAUCAAGAGCAGGUGUGGAAUGAUAUGAAGUCUGAGACUCAGAAGCGAGUGCCAGAUGGAAGUACAACUAAAGAAUCUGCAGCUCAGACUGACCUCCAACGUUUCCUGGAACCUGAUGUGAAAUCUAGUUCCUAUAGCGGUACAAAAGAAAAACGUGAGUUGGAAAGCCCUUCAGGACAAACUUCAGAAACGAAAAUGUUUUAUGCAAGCUUUGAAAGAAAGCAACGCCGAGAAUUUACCUCAAAAUCAGCCAUUAAUUCCAGCUCUACAAGAUGUUCAACUGUGGUCCCGGAUACGAACCAUGCUGUUACAAAAAAGGCAAAUCUAAACUACCCCAUUGGAAAAAUGACCAAAGUAACCCAUAGGAGCCCUUCACAAGAAAGAAAAAUCACUUUUACAAAGAAUUCACGUACACCCGUUGUGAGACAAGAGAGUUAUACCAAAGAUAAGUCGAGUAUUGACGCAGGUUAUAAAAUUCCUAAUAUUUCAAGCCAGCCAACCGUUAAGGAACAUGUAAGAAGCUCUAUUGGUACAGAUUGUAGUGACGACACUCACUUCAUUUUGAAGGAAACAGAAGCUGCAAUGGCAGCCUUAGAAGCUAAGUUGCAUUCCCAGAGUCGUCACUUGAGUCAACCAGAAAGUAAUGUUUGUGUACAAGGUGAUUCAUUGUCUGGAGAAUCUGACAAUGACACAGGGAGUUCUGUAAGUUUAGUUAGUAAAAAUGGCACAAGCUCUGGGUGGAAACAGAAGAGUUUUAGUGGCAUACGCAAAGAACAGUCAUCUUCAGCUCCAUCUGUUUCAGAUCAGCAUCAACAGCCAAAUGCUCGUGAAAGAUUGUCAGAAAAGCGUAAAGCCCAGCUUUCAGAUGCAACAACCAAACCAAAUUCAACCAGGCGCUUUCAACUGAAACGCAGUGCAGGAUCCCAUGGCUCAAUGGACUUUACAGAUGAUGAGAGGUCAUCUAGUCUUCCAUAUUUACCAGUUACUGAUAUAGGUUCUUCUGAUCAAGAGCAUGCUCAAGCCAGCUGUAAACCUUUUUUACGUAAAAAGCUUUCUCUGCGAACAAAAGAGGAAUCCAACAAGGCAGCCAAAUCAAGUAUUCAAACAACAUUAACUCGUUCAAAUAGUCUUUCAACACCCAGACCGACUAGAGCAUCACUGCUGCGUCGUGCUCGUCUUGGAGAUGCAUCAGAUAACGAAGGUGCUGAUGUAGAAAUGUCUACCACAACUCCAAAUUCAAAGCAGCCACCUGAUAGUAAGAAGCUAACACGACUUGACUUACUGGCUUUGCCAAGGAAGCGAGCAGGUUCAUUCUCAGUAAAUAGUGACACAGAAAGUUCAGUUGUAAGAAGCAGUUUUAGUGGAAGAAGUGUUGAUCUUACAACUAUUAGUCGAAAGUUAUCUACUGCUGAUGCUAAAAAGACUUCUCGGAAAACUACUGGAAAUGUAAUGAAGCAGACAUCAAGGGUCCGUUCUGCUAGUUCAAAAUCAGCUACCAACUCGAGAUGGCGACAACAAACUUCCGAUUACACUUCUACUUCAGAGGAGGAGUACGGCUCCAGUCACACUUCUCCUAAACAUCGCUUACAUACUUCAACAGCCACACAUGGCAGUAGAAGCCAGAGUUGCAAUUCAGGAAGACAAAGGCAGAAUACGAAAGAGAUGGAGGAUGAUGAGGAUGAAGAUUCAUAUGAAAACUGGACUACACACAGUGCAGAGAUUGCACGACUCAGCCAAGAUUUGGCCAAAGAUUUGGCAAUCCUGGCAAGGGAGAUUCAUGAUGUUGCAGGAGAUGGAGAUUGUUUUAGUCCCUUAAGCCCUGCAUUACCAAAAUCCAGCACUCCCGGCUCUAUGAUUUCAGCCAGAGAAGAGAUAUCAACAUCAUCUUCACGGAAGUCCCAUCCAUCGCAGUUGGUGCAGCACAUUCCUGAAGCAAGUCUGAACUUCCAAAAGGUUCCCCCAGAAUCUUCAGGAAUUAAGAAAGAUUUGGAUCAAAAUCUGAAUGAUAACAAAGAUCCAGAUUCAAAACGAAGAACGUGGACCAGAGAAGAGGUUAUACUGGAUAAUUUGAUGUGGAACUCAGUCUCCCAGCUAUCACAGUAUAUAAGAGAAAAUAUGGAGCAAACUGCAGCAAAAAUAAAGAUUCUGUUUCAAAACAAGGAAAGGAACUGGGAAGAAAUUGAGGCCAAAAUCAAUUCUGAAAAUGAAGUGCCAAUUCUCAAAACAUCAAAUAAGGAAAUAUCCUCCAUCUUUAAGGACUUGAGAAGAGUUCAGAAGCAAUUGGAAGUAAUCGAUACAAUCAUAGAUCCAGAUGGAUCAUUGGAUGCUUUGACUGGAAAUCAAAUCUCAUCGAGUUCUGCUGCAGCCAUGAACAUGAAAGAAAGGACUGCUUAUUCUGUGGAAUCAUCAAAGGAUUUGCCAAAAUCAACAACACCAUUAUUGAAGGAGCAUGUACGCACCACCACUAAACCACCUCAGAUAUCUUCAGAUGCAGACAGCAUUGAGUCCGAUUCUGAAUGCAACACUCAAUAUACCAUGGUUUAAUCAAAUGUGUAAGACAUAGGCACUAUGCUCUGAAUGAGUGGUAUGUUUUAUUUUUGUUUUUGCUAUUAUUUGAUCAGUGUUUUGUCAAUUUCUGUAUGGGUGGUUGUGAAACGCUUCAUAGAAUAAUGUUGUAAGUGAUAUAUUGCACAAAAAGUACUUAUUGAAAAGGUGGAAUAUAGGGAUAAUAUUGUCUUUUUAGUUAGGCUUCACAACGCAAGGAGCAGCACAUGUUCUGCAGAGAGGCCAGAUAGAAUCAAACUAGAGUUCUGCAGGGUAUUUCAGUUCCACACAGGCUAUGCCAUUUAAAUACUGUAUGCCAUUAUCAUGCACUGAAGAAGAAAAUUAAUUGCACAGGUUGUACCUCUGCAUGCCAGGUUUCAGCACAAAUGAGCAACAGUUGAGCAAUGACUGCAUAUUCUCCAUUCUCAUUUUAUGCCAUCUUCUGACAUAACAAUGUUAUGCCAUAUGUUAUCUAACGUUAAUUAGAUCAAUGUGCUUGUUUAAUAUUAAAUCUAAUGGAAGGGAUAAAAUUAAUCAUUUGCUUCCUCCUAUCACGUUGCUUAAUUUAGCUGUUUGGAGUUGCUGUGUGUUCUUUUGUUAUAACUAUAGCAUGUGCACGUAGGCAUUGUAACUCACUUAUGCUGGAAGAGACUAAUUUAAAAAAAAGAAACGACACAUUUAAAUACACAAGUAAACACAUUUCCACAUAACUAUCAACUUUUAGUAUAAUUCAUAACAUCUGGAAAGGUUGGCCACUCAGUUUUAUAUGACAACAAAGCAGACGCAUUCAAACCAGAAAAUGUAGUGCACAAAUGCUAUGUCAAUUAUUGAAAUGUCAAGCCUGAAGUAGCAGAGUCAAUAUGGAAAUUGUGUUUCUUUGAAGCUUUUCCUGUUUCCACUGAGCUGUAUGCCACCUCCUUCAAAGUGUAGCUAGCACAGUUUGGUCAACAAACUUCUCUGUAGCUUCUACUGGUACUAAAAUCUGUAUUGACUGACCGGGGGUGGGCUGUAUGGGACAGGAUUGUCCUCUGACCAACUUCUUUGACUGACUUAAUGCUUCUUCUAGCACCUCAGGCAAAAAUCUAUGAAAUUCUCCUUUUGGGAGGCCAGGGCAUGCGAGUGACAUUUGAAACAGUGCUUCGAGUGAUGAUAUCUGGAUAAUUCCACGUGAAACUAUACUCUAGCUGUAGAGUUGCCAGAUGAUUCUAAGUGUUGCACUUUGAGAAAUAACAAAGAUUAAUAAUCUUUGAAAUAUUUCUGUAACAAAAUUCUAACUUUUAACUUGGCAAAAAUGGUUACUUAUGCUCAACACUAAUUGCUAAACCUGCCCAAAAUCUAUUUUCUGAAUUGGAUGAAUACAAAUUAUAAUGUAGUCGGCAUUCAUUGUUGCGUUAAAAAAAAAGUUGAAUUAUGCAUCAAACUUUGAUUUCUAUUCAGGGGUAAGACCUAAAAGGAUUAUAAGUUUCUUUGCAAACCUCUUAGGAUCUUCGUCGUGAUGGACUGGACUGUUAAUAUUGUGUAAAACCUCAAUGAAUAAGUUCUGUGAAAGUUGGAAUCUUUAAAUCUUGUACAUUCCAAUAGUUAUUAGUAUGAUGAUACACUUCAGAACUGUUUCACGGCCUUUGAUCUGGCAAAUGUUAUUCAGCACUUCAGCAAAUCUAUUCAUCAUAAUAACUGAGACAAAGAUCAGAUUAUUUUCUCUUGCACUUCUACCUGUUGAAAUCACAAUAGAUCUGCCUCCGUGAUCAAUUGAUGAACUAAGCUUUCUUAGUUGGUUUAAACAAAAUAAACUGUCUUCAUGCAGCAGUUUCCAGAACUACGUAGUAGCUGAAUAAGUGAAAAAGAGUAUCAGCAGUACACAAGGCAAAAUGUGACCAACUAUUUGCCUGUGACCUAUAUGAUUAGUUUAGCAAUUUCCUAUAUGUGCCCUGUAUGUACGUUUGUAUGCUAGCUAUUGCUUAAGACCUUGUAUGUGACACUGAUUCAGUUAUAAAUGUGGCUAUCAUCCUCAGUCCAGCAUCUCAGAAGGGUACAACAACCAUGCAUAUUACACAAGUCUCACAUAUAUAUAUACAAUAUUUGUGUUGUGUGUACUAUAUGGUCCUGUGAAGCAAGAAUGUACUAAAUCAUUGGGUCGUUAUGUGGUCGUUAUUGCCUUUUUUCUGUUUAAUUUCUGUUUAACGUCUAUUCAAGUUAUAGUUUAAAUUGUAAAUAAUGCAGUGCACAUUUACUUUUCAUCCGUGGAUCCCUUUUUGGUUUUACGUGCAGCAGUAACUAUUUAUGUUUUCCUAAUUAAACACCGAUCGAGACAGUUGCUUUGAAGAAGGUAAUGAUGUUACAGCUGAAGGAUACAACACUAACUUCUAAAACUUAAUAUCCAUUGCAAAAAGAACACAAUGUGAUUUAUGUUAAAGGUUUACAUUUUUAAGAGGACCUUUCUAUUAUUUUUUAAUAGCUGUCAAAUUACAAUUAUGCCAAUAUUACAAUUAUGCCAAGAAAUGUGAAAGAUUUUAAAUGGAGAGAAAAAUAUCUUAAAUUCUCAAUUUAAAAUUGGGUACAUUAAAUACUUCCUCUAGAAGUUAAAACGUCACUUAAAAGUCUUGGAAUCCAUGCAGGAAGAAUGGUUAUUUGCAUCAUUAUAAUGUCCUAUCUGUCUGUGUAGGAAUAGAAUGUUCUGAACUGAAUUGUCUUAGCACUUGUUGCUAAUGUGCUGCUACUGUUUUGUGGUUCAUUUUAUUGUUUUGCAUGUAACGAAACCAACUUUAAUUACACAAGAGAAUUGCAACUGUACAGCUUUCAUUUCCAAGAUGGAUCGUGUAAUUUCUUUUUUGGUACUAUACUUGUAUAUCUAUGUGCUCUUCAGCUUUCACUGGAUGGUAUAUUUGACUUUUUGCACACUGUUGUAUAAAGCUGAAUAUUUUCAGCGUUCUUCCAUUAUUUUGGCCAAUUGCCAUGGUGUAAUUUAUUUUGUUGCCUUACAUUAAAUGACAUUGUAUGUAAAUUUUGUUAGGAUGAAAGAAUUUCUGAUUUUAAAUUGUUUUGCAUAUCAGAAUAAUUUUGAAUUGCUAUUUAAUUUUUGCCAUGGAACUUGAUUAUAAUAAACCAUUCUUCAUAGCCA